AUGUUUGACAGCGGAAAGACAGCUAUUACGCACAUGGAAAAAAUUCAUUGCAAGUCAGCUUCCUCAACAUCGCUGGUUUGUCCUAGGGUUCAGAUCAUCAAAUCAAAACAAUGCCACACCACUGAAGCUUCAAAUCGGAAUUACCUGGGAAGUGCUGUUGUUGCAGGCGCAUUUAGCGACUGUGAGGAUAUCUCAGGCUUUUCACCUUCUAAAUACAAACGCCUCUAUUCGGAUUUACAAUUCUGUUAUCGUUUUCUUGGCCAGGCAAACUACGAACUUCUUCAUCUUAUUCGCUCUAACAGGAGACCGAAAUCUCCGCCACAUCAAAUAGAAAAACUCCUCGAUUCUUUCGCAUUUAAAGUAGCCACAAUUAAAGACAAUCAUGAACGGAAAAAAAUUCAGGAGGCCAGCCUUAAAUGUAGCCAGAAUUUCAUGGCGAAACGCUGGAGGGACCGCUAUUACAUUUUACUCAAAUUGACAGAAAGUUACCUCAAUCUGCUAAGUAUACAGAGUGACAUCGAAGUCAAAGAUACCUGCGCCACUGAAAACGCGGUUGCUUUGAAAAGUCUAAGUGCGGUUCUCAAAAACAUGGAAGAUGUCAUGCAGCCAUGGAUUGUUAAUAAAAAUCAGAGUGAAAGAAGUGGACUACCUGUUAAAGAUCUUGGCUGCGGUGAGCAGAUAGAUAGUGUUAACCAAAGCUACAGCGAUUAUGAGGAAAACGAUUUCAUCGUCCCACUCUCAAGUGAAUUUCUUUUGGAUCUAAUUGCUAAUCACAAAGACUGUACACAACGUAUAAAACAGCAGUUGGAUAUUAGACCUCGAAUUCUUCACAUUUUGCGCAAGGAGAAAGAUCGACGCAAUCAGCUUAAAAAACAGUGCAUGCACCUAAAGGAGAAAAUUACAACUCUGAGGAAACAAUACAUGACUCUUUGUUCACGUCUGCAUGACUUGGAAAGUAUUAGAGGCUAUGCCAGACCCAUUAUCUAUUUGAAACCAAUAAUCGGUGAUUUACCGGAGGAGGAAGAAUGGUCAUCAGACACAUUCAGCGAAGAUGGGAUUGUGCCCGACACUGAAACACUUGUCAAUGAUGACAACAUGUUGGAUGCUCGACUCCUCGAGGUAAAACGUACACUACAGGAGGAAGAAGCACAGCAAGCCUUCAUAUCGAAACGCCUCCAGCGUGCCACCGGCACUGUCCAUGCGUUUGCUCGACUUCUGGAUGCUAGACCACAAACUUGUCACGUUGAUGUAAUUUCACACAAUAAGAUUUUAAUCAAUUCAAACACCUGUUUUGUCCUUGAUGGAGUUCACAGUGCCGCUAAUGGAAACCGUCAGCUCUUCGCCAUGUUUUGUGGGCUUGUAGGCAAUUGUUUACAUGGUCACCCCACAAAUAUCAUCACAACUGGGGGUGGGGCUGAGGAAUUACUCCUAUCCCACACAGAUGGAUUAGCUGUUCUCACAAUAGCUCAUCUCAUAGAUCUUAUGAAUUCAAAAACUGAACUGGAUUUCUACAUUUAUGCCUUUGGUUUUGUCUGCACUGAGAGUGGCAUUACCAACCUCAUCUCUAAACAUCCUGCGGCUGAAGUAAUCAACUGCGAACACGCAGACCCAGCUUUUAGUGAUGUUUGCGAUACCUGUGUGCGAAUUGAGAGCAGUCGCGAUCUUGCAAAAUUUCUACGUUGGUUAAGAGAAGAUAGGGUGAUGGGAUCCAAAGGACAAAUUGCUGUGCUUCUCCGUUUAGUAGGACAGGACCGUUUAUCCAAAACAGUGUUACACACAUCUUGGACUUCUUUUUAUCCUCUUUUCUCCUCGGCUGAAAGGGAUGCCCUCAGCAGCCUCUUCAAUGCUCUUCGUAGGAGGAAUCAGUUUAAGGUUUCAGAGAGUCCGUUCACUCAACUUCUACAAAAAACCAUUGUUGGAAAGAGUAGGACCAUCAUUGUACUGAACCUUGGUUUUGAACGAGCGCAUCUAAAUAUGGCUCUGAGGGACUUACACUUUGCAAAUGAUGCCAUCAAAGCAACGACUGAAAUGGUCGAGUAA